AUGGAUCAGUUCUGGAGCGUUCUGCUGCUCGGCCUGGGCCUCCUAAUCGCUGGAUCGGGAUGUUCCGCAAUGGCGGACAAGGAGUGGUGGGAAACCGCUUUGGUUUAUCAAAUCUGGCCGAGGGGAUUCCAGGACAGUGACGGAGAUGGCGAGGGUGACUUGAAGGGUAUAAUUAAUCGUCUCGAUUAUCUGAAAGACCUUGGAAUCGAUGCAAUUUGGCUAAACCCCAUUUACUCGUCACCACUGAUAGACUCUGGAUAUGAUAUUUCCAAUUACAUUGACAUACAUUCUCUAUUUGGUAAUCUACAACUUUUUUAUGAGUUCAUAGAACAAGCACAUAAUCAUGACUUGAAAGUCAUUUUGGAUAUAGUGCCAAAUCAUUCGAGCAAUCAACACAAAUGGUUCCUAGAGUCAAGUAAAAAUGUUAAACCGUACAGUGAUUACUAUGUUUGGGCAAAUGGAUUCAUAGAUAAAGAAGGCAGAAGAAUACCUCCUAAUAACUGGAUCAGCACUUACAGUGACAAAGAGGGAUCUGCAUGGACUUGGCAUGAUACGAGACAGCAAUGGUAUUACCAUAAAUUUCAUGAAUCCCAACCCGAUCUCAAUUUGAGGAAUGAAAAUGUGUUACAGGAAUUACUGGACAUACUCAAGUUUUGGUUGAAUAAAAAUGUUGAUGGUUUUCGAAUCAAUUCAGUUUCGUACCUUUAUGAAGAUGAGAAUUUGAGAAAUGAGCCUGUUGCAGGAAAUGGAAACUACACUUCUGGACUGCCAGAGAACACAAAUCUUGUGUACAAGUUUCGUUCGUAUAUUGAUGAUUGGGUGAAAAAGAAUAAUGCCACUUCAAAAUUAUUAAUUGCUGAGUCUUAUGACACAGAUGAAGUGCUGAUAUCGCUUUAUGGUAAUGAUACACAAGAUGGUAUUCCACCUUUCAAUUUCCGUUUUAUUACAUCUGUUCAAAACACAAGCACAGCAGAACAUAUUAAAAAUGUUUUGGAAAAUUGGUUUAAAAUACUGCCAAACAAUGCAAGCACAAAUUGGGUGCUUUCCAAUCAUGAUAAUUCAAGGGCAGCUACAAGGAUUGGAUUAAAUCGCGUCGAUGGGCUACACAUGCUUAGUUUAUUGUUACCUGGUCAAGCAUACACUUAUUAUGGAGAAGAAAUUGCAAUGUUAGACAGGAAAAUAUCAUGGGAGGAAACGAUCGACCCUAUGGGUUCCUCGAGAUCAAGAGAAACAUACGCAAAUUAUUCCAGAGACCCUGCGAGGACACCGAUGCAAUGGAACUCUAAUAUUUCAGCAGGAAGAAACGUUGAAGUACAACAAAGUAAAACACAAAGCAACUUGAAUACCUAUAAAUUGCUUGCUUCUCUUAGGAAAGAUAAAGUAUUUACUCAUGGAGAUUAUGAGUUUGCAACUUUAAAUAAUGACCGCAUAUUUCUUUUUAAAAGGUCUUUGCAAAAAUAUCCUACGUAUAUCGUCGUCAUUAACUUGGGUCUACGGCAAGAAACAGUUAAUUUAACGUCAUUGUAUCCGAAUUUAAAAGAUUCCAUGGAAAUUGUUGUCGCUUCCAGUAAUGCAGUUCACAAUACGAAAAUUAUAUCGGCAGAACGUGUUAUCCUUACGGCAAAUGCUGCAUUAGUAUUGAAAGCGGAGGAAAUAUAUUGCGAUACAUCUACGACCGAAAUUGACGUAACUACAGUUCCUACAUCGACUACGACCGACAAAAAUUUAGCUGCUAUUUCAUCGUCAAUAACACAAUUAAUAAUAAGUACAGCUAUUAUAGUAACAUUAUUAUUAAAUGCUUCAACAUUCUAUUAA